AUGCCUCCUCUUCAAGAGACUAAUGAACGUAUUGAUCAAGCAUUCACAAAUGUUGAUCUCAAUGGAAUAAUAAAAUCCAAUGAUGAUCAACAAAGUCAAUAUGUUAUAGAAAUGCGUGGAGGUGAUACAUUACAAGUUCAAAUGUCUAUUGAUGGUUCUCGAGCAUUAGCAGCAUUGUCUCCACGCAUCACUGUCACAUUUCAUAAUGUCUCAAAAGUGAUUAAUGUUCCAGCAAAAAUGAUUGAUCCUUCAUCAAAAGAACGAUUUAUUCAACGAAAAUUACUUGAUCAAGUUUCAGGACAAAUUCAUCCAGGACAAUUAGUGGCACUUAUGGGACCGUCAGGUUGUGGAAAAACAACAUUACUUAAUACAUUAGCUGGCCGAGCAUUAAAUGGUGUUACUGGUAAUAUUUGGUUUAAUAAUCAACGAUAUAAUAAAAGUAUGAAACGAAAAUUAGCUUAUGUUGUUCAACAAGAUUUAUUUUUUGAAAAACUUACUGUUAAACAACAAUUAACAUAUACAGCUUUACUUCGAUUACCAAAUAAUUUAUCUAAACAAGAUAAAUUAGCACAAGUUGAGCAAAUCAUUGAUCAACUACGCAUUCGAAAAUGUGCUGAUACUCCAAUAAUGUUAAUAUCUGGUGGUGAAAAGAAACGCGUAAAUAUUGGUACUGAAUUAUUAACAAAUCCAAGUGUCAUUUUUCUUGAUGAACCAACAUCAGGUUUGGAUAGUACAUCAGCUGUAGCAUUAAUGGAUGUUCUUCGUGAUUUAGCAAUGCAAGGCAAAACAAUAAUUACAUCCAUACAUCAACCAUCAUCACAAAUUUUUCAAUCAUUCGAUCAACUUAUUCUCUUAGCAGAUGGAAAAACUAUUUUUAUGGGUAAACCAUGUGAUGCUCUACCUUAUUUUGCUACAAUGGGUCAUCACUCACCACCACAAUACAAUCCAGCUGAUUAUGUUAUGGAUCUUGUUAAUCAAGAUAUGAAAAUUCGUGAACAACUUAAAGAUGCAUAUCUUCAAUAUAAAAUAACUGGACAUGUAAACACUAUAUCUAAUCAAUUACAAACACGAUAUUUAUUAGCUGAACCAUCUGGAAAUGAAGCUGAUCUAACUAAUCCAGAUAAUGUUAAUUUAAUACCAAAUAAACAUGAAAGUAAAUGGCCUAUUGGAUUUUUAUCACAAAUGUUAAUUCUUUUCUCACGUGCAUUUCUAUUAACUGGUCAAAGUCAAUUUACAUUUCUUAAUUUUGCACAAGCAUUAGGUUUAGCAGUUAUUAGUGGUUUAUGUUGGUUAAGAAUGGAUUUUACUGAAAAUACAAUACCGGAUCGAUCAUCAUUCAUCUUUUUUCUUAUGACAUUUUGGCCACUACAAACAAUGAUGCAUGGUUUAUUAUCAUUUCCAUUUGAACGUGCAAUUAUUGAAAAAGAACGUGCAAGUGGAUCAUAUCGUUUAUCAUCUUAUUUUGUUGCUAAAUCAUUAGCUGAAGCACCACUUAAACUUGUUUUACCAACAUUAUUUCUUAUCAUAGCUUAUUGGAUGGCAAAUAUCAAUUCAAACUUUGGAAUUUUUCUUGCUAUUCUUGUUUUUCAAUUACUAUCAAUUCUUGUAGCAGAAUCACUUGGUCUUCUUUUGGGUGCAGCAUUCAAAAAUUUACAACAUGCAAUAACAGUUGCAACUGUACUUCUCAUUGGUUUGAUGUUAGUUGGUGGAUUUUUUGUUCGAAAUUUACCACAUUGGUUAGGUGUAUGGGGAAAAUGGUUAUCAUUUUUUAAAUAUUCUUAUGAUGCAUGUCUUCAAUUACAAUUUAAAGGUGGACGAAUUUAUCAGUGUAUCGAUGGAUCAAUUAUUCCUUCAUGUCGAAAUAAUCCUAAUGGUAUAUUUAUUAGUAAUGAAGCAACAGANGUUGAAUUGGCACUUGCGCUUUCUGAUUUUCUUGCAGCUUUUGCAAACCAAGGUUAA